AUGGAGAGCAAGAGAUCGCCGUGCGCGCCGGCCGUGGCGGUGCUCCUCCUCCUGCUGCUGCUCGUCCUCAUGCCGGACGAGGUGGCGGCCCAGGUGUUCUGCCGGUCCCAGUUCAACCUGGCCAACGAGGCCUGCAGCCUGCGGACCUACCCCGGCGCCAACCCGGCGGUGCCGCCGCGGCGGCCACUGCUGCUCAACGCGUCGUCCUCCGCCAGCGGCUACGAGCUGCAGGCGGCCGGCGACGAGCACAGCGCCAGCGGCGGCCAUGGCGGCGACCACGGCGGCAGCAGCCACGGUGGCGGCGACCACGGAGCCGGCCACGGCAGCCAGCACGGGGGCAGACAUGUCGGCCGCCGCCACGGGCACCAGCACCGCGUAGGGGGCGCGGACCCGUACGACACGGCGUGCUGCCGGCGACUCAUGGGCAUCGACAACGCCUGCAUCUGCCAGGCCAUGUCCUUCCUCCCGCAGUUCAUGAGCAGGGUCAAGCACUCCAUCAAGCUCACCCCGGUCCCAGGCUGCGACAUCUCCUUCGAGUGCGCCGGCGUCUACUGA